AUGCUUCAGGAGCUCGAGAGCGAAUUCCGCGUGUCGCGUCGUGGUCUCCUCCACAUGGAACUGGCUGCCUUCAUCGGCCUGGAGUUCUCAGUGCUUCCACCUGCCUCUGAGAUCACUCCGCAUUAUACGCACAUCCAAAAGUCGGUGGGUCUGGUCACGUCAUCACGCCACCUGUCUGCAGACAGCGGAUGUUCGGAGCAGAUGAGAGAGAACCGCUUCCAUCGAAUGUCCUCGACAGCGGUGGUAGAGUAG